AACAGACUCGCGUUCCUCUUGCAGACACAGACUGUUCAGCUGAGCAAAGAGAUGACACUUGCCAGCAACCGGAGCCUGGCAGAGGGGAACCUCCUGUAUCAGCCUCAGCUGGACACCCGGAAGGCGCAUCUGACUCAGAAGUACCAGGAGCUCCAGGUCCUCUUUGAAGCCUACCAGAUAAAGAAGACCAAAUUAGAUAAGCAGUCGAGCAGCGCUUCCUUGGAGACCCUCCUGGCGCUUCUUCAAGCAGAAGGGGCCAAGAUCGAGGAGGACACUGAGAGCAUGGCCGAGAAGUUCCUGGACGGUGCGCUCCCGCUGGACGCCUUCAUUGACAGCUACCAGAGCAAGCGGAAACUGGCCCACAUGCGGCGGGUGAAGGUGGAGAAGCUCCAGGAGAUGGUGCUCAAGGGGCAGAGACUCCCACAGGCCCAGGCCCCGCUGCCGGCCAGGGUGCCCGAGCCCAUGCCCGCCGCCUCGCUGCCCUACCCGGCCCUGGAGGCUGGCGGGCCGCCCUCUGUUGUGCCACGGCGCAUCCCCCCUCCGCCGCCCCCGGUGCCCGUGUCCCGCUUGGCCACCCCGUUCACAGCGGCCGUGGGCUCAGGCCAGGCCCUUCCCUACCCCGCGUUGCAGUGCCCGCCCCUGCCGCCCCGCGUCGGCCUGCCUCCUCCGCAGGGAUUCUCCCCGCACUUGGUGUCUCCGUACCCGCCGGCUCUGCCCCAGAGGCCCCCGCCGCGGCUGCCUCCACACCAGCCGGGCUUCAUCCUGCAGUGAGCGGGCGCCGUCCUCCCGCGAGACGCCUCCGCUCGCCGAGCCGCCACUGCACAUGGAGGCUGCAGGGUCCUGGCCACAGGCAGGGCCGGCUCCUGGGCCGCGUCCACCUGAUUUAGAGCCGCAGGUCCGCGGUAGGUAGAAGUAGAGCCCCAUGGGUGCUGGGCCGCGGCCUCCUGUGCGUCACGGCCUUGCGUGGCGUGUGUGAUUUCUCAGUACCCUAGUGUUGAUGAACUUGUGCGUUUGGGAAGAGAAAACCUCUCUGCCACUCCAGCUGGACUCCUGGUCCUCCCGCUGCAUCUUAUUUAAUAAGCAUGGCUAAUUGUAUCUGUUUUGUUAUUUUCAAGACAGUGCUAUGUCCCACCCGCCCUACCCCCCGGCUGGUGCCCUGCAGGUCUGGCCCAGGAGGUGUGUGUGGCCGGGCACCAUGCCAGCUGCCCGGCUCACCGAGUGUCUGGGGCAGGCGAUUGUGGGUCCCCCAGCCCCUCCCCCGACCUGCUGCUCGAGCCUCAAAGCCACGGGUGCCACCUGCCCUGGUGCCAUUGCUCUCUGAGGCGGGACGGUGUGGUCCUGGGCGUGAGGAGGCAGAGGCAGAGCGCCGCUUUUCCAUCAUGGCCCCUGCUCCCCCUGCGAGUUGGCCCCUGAGGGUGUCGUGAGGAAAUACUCUCCCGGUAUUUUUACUAUAUGCCUAAUUUUCCUGUUUUAUAUUGGGAAAGAAAACUUUUGACACAAGAUCAUUCAGGGAAACUUUUAAAAAACGCAAAUGCUGUUUUGAGCAGAUUGAGAUGCAGAUGAAGCAUAUGAUGCGGGUGCCCAUGCUGUGCCUUACCUUUACCUGGUGCCAGAGCCGAGGCCUGCACGAUGGCCGCUGUGGGUGCCCUGUGGCCUGCAGGCUGGGCAGAGCCCCGCAACUGUGACCCUAGAGCCCUGCUGUGUAACAGGUGUGAGGGGCACACCCAGCGCGGUCCUGGCCUCAUGUCCUCUGCUUCUGGCCGGCUGGCACCAAACCCCAGGGCGGUGGUGCUUCUGGUAUGGGCACAGGGCAGAGGACCGGAGAGCCUUCCCGGGAACCGCCACACCCUGCCCCUCCCGCAGCCCCUCGUCCGUAGGUGCCACGUGUAGUCUCCUAGGGCCUGGCGGGCAGCGCCACACCUGUAGGCAGAACAGCUCUGCGCCACUGGUGAACUUGCUCCACCCUCACAGUCACCUGUGUCGGGCAGCCUGACCUGCUGGCUGCCCCCAUGUGACAGGCAAGGCCACCAGCCUCUGUGCUCACUUCCUGUACACUCCUGUUCCUGGACUUGAACUCUACUGCGCUGUAACUGUUUUGUAAAGAAACAAAGCUACAAGACGAGUCCGCUGCCAUGUGUCAGGUGGGCUUGCCACGUCUGUGGCUCUUGAGCGAGUGGUGCCCCCCUCCUGGAUACCUCUGCCUGCCGCCCGCCCACAGUGUGGGGCACGUCCAGCCACAUGGCCCCAGCCAAAUGAGAGCUCAGUGUGAUGAUGCAAAGGGGCCGCCAGGCUGGCCGCACUUGCCAUCCAUGGCCUCAUCUGGCGCUGAGGCUGUAAGUUGUAGGACCAUUUUUAAUAAAUCAAGAAUUGUUAA